AUGAAUUUGGGUGGAUGGGCGAGCGCGAGCUUGGCGAAGGCGAAGGCGGUGGUGAAGGAGGCGGCGGCGUCGGACGCGGCGCGCGCGCUGCGAAGAGACUUGAAGACGUUUUCGUCGCACGUCGUCGGCGACGAUGGCGCGCGAACGCGCGUCGUUCGCGAAGACGAUGACGACGCGGAGGAUGGAAACGAAGACGCCCGAGAUGACGCGCCGAAGACGGCGGACGCGGUGCGGCUGGCGGAGACGUUCGCAUCGGGCGCUUGGGCCGCGUUCGGCGGCGCGGCGAACAAGGCGAAGCGCGCGUUGGAAAACGCUGAGGGAGUGAUUGAAAACGCAGCGAGUGACCCGAAGACGUUCGCGACGAACGUCACGAAGAAGACGCAGAGCGUGGGUAUGGGGGCUUUUAGCGCGCUGACGUCGGUGGUGAAGGCGACGGCGGACGUGCUGGCGGGGGAUGAGGACGACGACGAGCGCGCGGCUGCGAUUUUGGUCGAGCGUCUGGCUGACUUCGGCGCGGCGACAGCGCAAGCGCACGUUGAAGUCGCGUGUGAGCGCGCGAUGGAUGCGUUAUUGAACGGCGCGUCCGAAGACGCGCAGCGCCGUGUUCGAGAGCUCGUUCGAGAGCUCGACGCGACGUUGACGGCCGAACAAUCCACGGCGAACGCGGCGCCGCCGGCGUCGCCCGGUGACCCGGCCACGCUCGUGGCCGUACCGCUCGGCGACGAUGCCGCGCGCGCACACGAUGUCGAGUCGUCGGUGCUCGUCGCGCUCAUCGCCGCCGUCGACGCGAGAGCGGAAGAGAUUGGCGAGACGCUCGCGAGCACGUCUGGAUCGAGCCGCGACAACUUUGCCGACACCGUCGCUGCGUUCGAGGAGGCGCUGGACGAACUGCGCGACGAGUGCGUGUGCGACGGAUUAGCAAAACUCUCGACGACGACGCUCGAAAAAAUCGUCCGCGUCGUCGAUUCCAUUCGCGGCGGCGAUUGGCUCGACGUCGACCCCGUUCCAGCCGCCGUGCUCGCGCGCGAACGCGUCGCCGGGUACGACGACGACGUCAAGAUUUUUAUCGAAGCCACGAAAGAGGCGACGACGGCGCUCGCGCGUCGCGCGCACGAUGCUCUUCGAGACGUUUGGCCUCGAGACGCGCCGACGCUCCUCGACGUCGCCGACGCCUCGUUCGAGCAACUCGCUCGCGACGAGCGCGCGUGCGUCGACGUCACGCGACGAACUCUGCGUCAGCUCGCCUGGGUCAUCGCCGCGAGCUCCAAAUAG